GAACCGAGUCCUUUGUCGUCUCCGUUGGGUCCCCUUUCAGAGUCGCCCGAGUCUGAGUCGGGGUUUCAAACACUUUCCUUGCAGACAGACCAGCCCUUGAGAGGCUCGGUGGAUAGUCUUUCCUCGGGUUAUGACAAUCUUUCGAGCAGAUCCCCGUUAUUCGAGAACGAGCAUGGAAUCGGUCCGACCGGGCUGGAUCGCAUACGCCAGCAUCAAUCGUCACGCGUUUUGACGCUUCCCAAUCUUUCGACAUCGUCAUUGGCCCCGAUGACAACCUCGAAUACACGCCCAUCGCCUACUCAACGCUCGGCUUCUUCCUCCCGAGCUCCCACCGGCCGCAUGUCACUGAGCGCUUUUGGUGAUCUGGAGGAUCUUCAUCGAUUCCCUUUGGAAUCGUUACAUUCCUUCUCCUUUGCACAACAAUCCGAAGAGCUCCUACACAACCGGCAGAAUCUUCUCAAAAGGUCGAUUGAUUUCAUGCGCGAUCGCAUGGGUUGGGCGGCCACUAAUGCUGGAAUCGCGAACGCCCAGGCAAAUGCGAUGGGCGACGCGGAUCUCCAGAAUAUGAUGGACCUUUUGAACCGUGCCCACGUCUUGGAUGAAGAUCAUGCCAACCGGACACAAGGACCCAUCACUGGACCUGCGGAUGUGAAUGGGGAAAACAUCUUCGAGAGAGCCUUCUCGGAACGCGGCUCUCCCAUCAAUGCUCGAGAUUCAACCCAGGACUCGGCCCCAGGAUCCCAGGCGACAUCCGACAGCUCGCAAAUGCUUAGCCCCCUUUCAUCCAAUGACCGUAUCCUGCAAUCCCGAAAUGACCUGAAGGUGAAAUCGGCAUCAACGUCCAGGCGCGUAAGCUUAAAACGUACAUAUACGGAUCUCAACUCUGCCACCCUCAAAAGCAAGCUGAUGGAGACUCUAGCGCAACCAUAUGCCUCCACGGAUCCUUUCGCCUCUCUCAGUUCAUCUACCGCAGGAUUGGGAUUCCCUAUGCCUGCCUUGCAUACCCACAGCAGCAAAUGGACCCCCGUCUCCCAGGCCGUGUUCCGGACCGAAGCCCAGGCACCAUGGACCAUCUUUGCGGCCAACGAUAUCUCGUGCCUCAUAUUUGGAGUCCGUCGGCUCAGUAUCCUAGAGGUUGUACAGAAAGAGCACAGGCAGUGGCUUGAGGCUAAGCUUCGGGACCCAAGCACUGAUGCCACUGCCCGCGCGCCAAUCCCCCAGAAUAGGCCCAACAUCCAAGCGGUAAACCCAAAGUACCGAGGUCUUGGAAAUGGUGUGACGGCACAGUUGCUCAGUAAACCAUCUUCUAGGGAAAAGGCGUCUCGGCGCGCGCAGACUGAUGAUGGAUACGGCUCGAGCCAAAGAAACCCUCGCAACAACAACCAUCCCGGAAACAAAUCACGAGGCGUGUUAUUGUGCGGCGAUGUCGUGCCGAUCGAGAAGCGCAACGGCACCAAAGGCUCGGCUAGUGUCUGGGUGAUGGAGAAGCGUGGCGGUCUGAUCUGGGUGAUGGAGGAGAUCACCGAGAACUCCGCCUCGGUCCUUUGCGACGAAUCUUGGAAUGUCUUGGAAACUGGAGGUGAUGUUGACAAGAUCUGGGGACCAUCUGUUGUCCGCCUUGGCCAGCCUAUUACUGAGCUUCUCCCCCGUUUGCCAUCAGCAUCUCUCGAAACUUCGCCCGAGAAGGGAAUCGCCAAGAUUGCCGAGUUGAAGCAUUUUGCCGCUCUCACUGCUGCUGGCGUUUGCAUUCCCGUGACAGUAGGCAAGACGGAUGGGACUCGCACUUUGCAGGUGUCGAGUUUCCCCCACGUUGCAGGCAUGAUGGUUGUGUCCUCUGCGACUUUGAACGUCAUCAGCUCGAACUCUGUGUUUUCGUCGGCUCUCUUCGGUCAAGAACGCCCCGAGGGACGGCACAUCACGGAACUAAUUCCAGGAUUCGACGAGAUCUUGGAUGUGUUAACCGAGGAGGACAACGUGCCAUUGAUCGACGGUAUCGUGAUCCCUGAACAUAGCUUCCGUCGGGCACGAACCCUGUCCAUUCUACGGGAUGGCAAGGCCAACGCCGCCUCGGUCUUUACUGAGCCCAGUGGCUUACUGGCUAAGCAUCGAGAUGGCUCCACGAUCGUGGUGGAUGUCCAAUUGCGAGUGGUUAAAAGCGGCACUUUCUUCACCAAGGAACAGGCAGCGAGACUCGCAGAGAAAAUCGAAGAACCCUCCAGCGAUUCAGAAGACAGUGACGACACCAUCGCAGUGACAGAGCUGGUUUAUGCGUUGUGGAUCACCUACUCCCGGCAAAUUCAUGCUGCUGGACCUGCGACCGGCGUUUCGUCAUCUUCACUGCCUACUUCAAAGCCCACUUCUCCUGUACCCGGGCCCUCAUCGGAAAACCCAUCUGUCGCCUCAUCUGUUGGAAAAAGCCCUGAUACCAGCAAGCCUUUGGUAGAAAUCAAAACUCCGAGCUCGACACUCAGUCAGCAGCUCAGCGAGGCUGCUUCGGAACCACUUACCGAUCGACCUGUCCAGCCGGUCCCCGAAGUUAACGCCAAGGGCGGGGCUCCACAGAAACGAAACAUCGACGACUAUGUCAUCGUGGAGGAAAUGGGGCAAGGUGCUUACGGACAGGUCAAGUUGGCCCGCCUGAAGAAGAAUGCUCAGAAGAAGAUGGUGUUGAAGUAUGUGACGAAGAAGCGAAUCCUGGUAGAUACGUGGACACGCGACAGACGGCUCGGCACGGUACCUUUGGAGAUUCACGUUCUGGAUUUCCUUCGUCGCGACGGGUACAAGCACCCGAACAUUGUGGAGAUGGACGGCUUCUUUGAAGACGACGUCAACUACUACAUUGAGAUGAUACCCCACGGACUGCCGGGAAUGGAUCUGUUCGACUAUAUCGAGCUGAAGGCCAACAUGGACGAGCCCGAAUGCCGCAACAUAUUCAGGCAGACAAUUAGCGCCAUUCACCACCUGCACACCAAGGCCCUCGUGGUACACCGCGACAUCAAGGAUGAGAACGUGGUGUUGGAUGGAGAGGGACGAAUUAAGUUGAUCGAUUUUGGCAGUGCGGCCUAUAUCAAGAACGGGCCGUUUGAUGUCUUUGUGGGUACGAUCGACUAUGCCGCCCCUGAAGUCCUACAGGGCAAGUCCUACCGGGGCAAAGAACAAGAUAUCUGGGCCCUGGGCAUUCUCCUCUACACAAUCGUCUAUAAAGAGAACCCUUUCUAUAACGUGGAUGAAAUCCUCGACCACCCACUCCGCAUCCCAUUCCUUCCCUUCUCGGAAAACUGCAUCGAUCUGAUCCGGAAGAUGCUCGACCGGGAUGUCGAUAACCGACUAACUAUUACGGAAGUGCUUGAGCACCCGUGGAUGACGGAGAACGAGAAUUGA